AUGCCAUAUCUGGUUCAUCAUCAUCGCGAGCAUCAUCGACGACGCCACUCCUGGCCUUAUUGCGGUGGUGGAACACAGCCUCAGUCGCUGGGGCGAAACUGGGUGGUCUUUCAGUCUGCACACCAGCAGCAGCAGCAGCUACAGUACCAGUACCAGCAGCAGCAACAAAAGUCCUACCAGCAACUCCUCAAACAGCAUUUCCUCGUCCCAGUUGGAUCGGAAGACUUACUUGAGGACGAUGCUGCGUCCGCGGGGAUUGGGCCCUCGCUGACGAGGACGAGGGCGAUGCCUGCAGUGGCACCGAAUAAUCGUUCUCGACGGUGGUGGUCGUCGUGGUGGUCGUCCUCCGCGCGAGGGGGUUCCUCGCCGCAGGAUGAUCAUACAUCCCCUAGUGGACAUGGAGGACCGUUCAGGAAGAUGGUGCGGCCGCCGUUGGACAAGGCAAAGUCGCUGUUUGUAAUGCCCACAACGACGACUCAGUAUCCGGUCGGCGAUGGAGAGGAGGUACUCUUUACGUCGUACUUGGUGCCUUCGCCGCCGAGUUCGCCGCGUGCCGGAAAGUUAGAUGCUGCAGGUCAGGUUGACGCGACUUCUGGUGGAUUGUUGUCAGUGCCGGUAGUGGAUGUUGCAGGUGGUCGUGGUGGUACUGGUGGUGGUCGGCGAGGGAGAGCAAUGGAUCUGCUGUCGGAGAGGAACCAUCGGCGGUGUCAUUCGGAGCAGCCGCGGUCCUGGAAACGGCCAAGUGCGAGUUUGUGGCCGCUUGAAGAAGAGUGA